CAUGACCCUAUCAGGGAAGCCACAAUCCCUGAAACGGUGUACAUGAGUUAUGGAGACUAGAGAGCUAGUACUCUGAGUCCUGAAAAAAAGGCCCUUGCAGGAGAAUGGGGGACAGGGGAGGACAGAAGUUUUUGCUAUAGUUAGCUCUGGAAGUAAUACAGCUGGGGGUGGGAGAAGAGUACAGCCGGCAACUAUUUUGAGCACAACUCCGAUUGACAGGACACGUGUGCUGGACUCUACUGAUCCCAGGGCCAAGUUGCCUGCCUGUGGUGUGUGGUGUGGGGUGGGGGGGAAGGCCUGGGGCAGCAGGAGCAGGAGAGCCAGACAGACAGGCCGGACGGGGUACCAGCACCUCGACUUCUCUCCCUGGGACACUCUCCAAACUCCGAGGGCCAUAGGUCAACCUGAGCGAUGGGUGCUGAGGAGGUGCUGGUCACACUGUCAGGGGGAGCGCCCUGGGGCUUCCGACUUCAGGGGGGGUCCGAGCAGAGGAAACCCUUACAGGUAUCCAAGAUUCGAAGACGGAGCCAGGCUGGCAGAGCAGGACUACGAGAGAGGGACCAGCUUUUGGCCAUCAAUGGGGUCUCCUGCACUAGCCUCUCUCAUGCCAGUGCCAUGUGCCUCAUUGAUGCCUCAGGGAAUCAACUUGUCCUCACUGUGCGGAGGGUAGAGGAUGAAGGGCCUUUGCGAUCUCCAUCCCCCGGUGAGCUUCGGGUGCUGUCACCCUUGUCUCCGCUGAGUCCUGAGCCCCCUGGUGCUCCAGUUCCCCAGACUCUUCAGCCUGGGAGCCUCCUCUCGCCCCCUGACAGUGAGGCCUACUACGGAGAGACAGACAGUGAUGCCGAUGGCCCUGCCACCCAGGAGAAGCCCCGUCGACCCCGCCGCAGAGGCCCUACCAGGCCCACCCCACCGGGAGCCCCACCUGAUGAGGUCUACCUGUCUGACAGCCCUGCAGAGCCAGCACCUGCCGUUCCUGGCCCUUCCAGCCAGGGUGACGGCCGUGUGAUCUCCCCAUCUUGGGAGGAUGGAGCAACCCUUCAGCCACCCCCAGCUGAGGCCCUGCUGUUGCCCCAUGGUCCCCUCCGGCCUGGCCCAAAUCUCAUCCCUAUGGUGGGGCCUGUUUCCCACCCGGUGGCAGAAGAUCUUACUACCACCUACACCCAGAAGGCCAAGCAAGCCAAACUGCAGCGGGCAGAGAGCCUUCAAGAGAAGAGUGUGAAGGAGGCCAAGACCAAAUGCCGCACAAUUGCAUCUCUGCUAACUGCAGCCCCCAACCCCCACUCCAAGGGGGUGCUUAUGUUUAAGAAAAGACGGCAGAGAGCCAAGAAAUACACCCUAGUGAGCUUUGGGUCUGCAGCUGGGACAGGCGCUGAGGAGGAAGAAGACGGGGUCCCACCAACGAGCGAAUCCGAGCUGGACGAGGAGGCCUUCUCCGACGCCCGCAGCCUCACCAACCAGUCCGACUGGGACAGCCCCUAUCUGGACAUGGAGCUGGCCAGACCGGGCUCAGGUGCAGCAGAGGCCCAGGGCUCAGGGCUGGGAGCAGGAGGGCAGCUGAGUGAGGCCUCCGGGAGAGGGGUCCAGCUCUUUGAACAGCAGCGCCAGCGCGCAGCUUCCAGCACCCAGGAGCUGGCCCAGGAUGGUCCAGCAGCCACACUCAACGGGCAAGGCCUGCAGUCACCAGCUCGGGCCCAGAGUGCUCCACCCGAGGUGGCAGUCCUCCCCAAGUCGCCAGACCCUUUAGCGAGCGCCAGACCCUUCCUCCCAGGCGGUGGAGCCCCUACCCCAGCUCCAAGCAUCUUUAACCGGUCAGCCAGGCCCUUUACUCCUGGCUUACAGGGGCAGCGGCCAGGUACCACCCCGGUUAUUUUCCGGCCCAUGGCUCCCAGGAGGGAGAAUGAAACCUCGGGAGGCCUCAGCCCCGCCCCACCGCCUUUCUCGUCCGUUCCUCAGGGGCCUGCCCUUCUGCCCAGCUUCACCGCAGGGGUUCCCAGCCACCUGUCAACCUCCAGUCCUCCUAGCACCCCACGCUCUUCUGGCCCCGUGACGGCCACCAGCUCCCUGUAUAUCCCAGCCCCCAAUCGUCCUGUUACACCAGGCGGGGUCCCAGAGCCCCCAGCUCCCUCCAGCACAGCUGCCAUGACCUCCACCGCCUCUAUCUUCCUGUCGGCGCCUCUGCGACCCGCUGCGCACCUAGAUGCACCGUCCCCAAGCUCUGUGGUCCCUGAGCCCCCCAGCGCUCGGGAGCAGCGCAUCUCUGUGCCAGCUGCUCGCACGGGUAUCCUCCAGGAGGCCCGGCGUCGGGGUACCCGGAAGCAGAUGUUCCGGCCGGGAAACGAGGAGACGAAGAACUCGCCCAACCCCGAGCUACUAUCGCUGGUGCAGAACCUGGAUGAAAAACCCCGGGCCGGGGGUGCUGAAUCUGGUCCAGAGGAGGAUGCCUUGAGCCUCGGGGCUGAAGCCUGCAACUUCAUGCAGCCACCAGGAGGCAGAAGUUACAAGACCCCGCCUCACGUGACACCUAAAACCCCGCCUCCAAUGGCUUCCAAGGCCCCCCUCCCUCUGACUCCUAAGACUCCGCCCCCAGUGGCUCCUAAGCCCCUAUCUCGAGGGUUCCCCGAAGGGCUAGUGAAUGGGGCAACCCCUUCUGCUGGAGUGCCUGAGCCACCAAGGCUUCAGGGCAGGGGUGGGGAGCUGUUUGCCAAGCGGCAAAGCCGAGCAGACAGGUACGUGGUGGAAGCUACACCUAGUCCUAUCGUUGGCUCUCGGCCCCGCAGCCCUUCUCCUACUCCCUCACUGCCCCCUUCCUGGAAAUAUUCACCCAACAUCCGUGCCCCACCUCCUAUUGCUUACAACCCACUGCUCUCACCCUUUUUUCCCCAAGCUGCCCGAACUCUCCCUAAUAAGGCCCAAUCCCAGGGGCUGCGGGCAGGCCCCAAACAAGGCAUCAAGGCUCUGGAUUUCAUGCGGCACCAGCCCUACCAACUUAAAACUGCUAUGUUCUGUUUCGAUGAAGUUCCCCAGACUCCUGGCCCCACCUCCUCAGGGCCCCCCAAAACUGCUCGAAUCCAGGAGAUCCGCCGAUUUUCCACUCCAGCACCCCAGCCCACUGCAGAGCCACUGGCCCCCACUGUGCUUGCGCCCCGAGCAGCCACUACAUUGGAUGAGCCCAUCUGGAGGACCGAGCUGGCCUCAGCGCCUGCCCUUAGCCCAGCCCCUGCCCUUAGCCCAACCCCUGCCCUUAGUCCAGCCCCUGCCCUUAGCCCAGCCUCUGCCCUUAAUCCAGCCCCUCCUCCAGAGUCUCCCAGGGGUUUUGGGGCCUCUCCCAGCUCCUGUGGCUUCCAGGUAGCCAGGCCCCGGUUUUCAGCCACCAGAACAGGAUUGCAGGCUCAUGUGUGGAGGCCUGGAGCAGGCCACCACUGAGCAAAGCGCAGCUCCCAGGACCAAGGAGAGGUGGAACAUCCAGUUCCUAAAGUUGCUUCUCCUACCCAAUCCACCCCCUCUCUCAGGCAUCUGGAGGCUAAAUUCCCUGCUGCCAGAGAUAGUUUUAGAGUUCGUAACCCACUUCCAGGCUUCCUCCUGGCUUCCUCCCUCUCUUGCUCUUUCCAACCUAAUAUCCCUGCUUUGGUACCUGUGCUUCUCUUUGUCUCUGUAGUUCCUUGCCUGGAUCUCUGUCUUUAUCUCUAGGUCUGUCCACCCAUAUUCUGCCAUGGGUCUCUAUUUCUCUACUUUGUUCUUUACUCUGUGAGCUUCACAACGUUCAGUGAGAAGCACACAGAGAAGCUAUCCCUGAGACCUCAAGCAAGAAGCUCACCACCAGACAGGCAGCAAAGGAACUGAACUGAUCCUUGUUUGCACUAAGUUGCUCUCUGCUCCUCACCUUUCCCAAACUUGGCUGGCAUAUACCUAGGCGUGUAUGUGUGUGUGAGUGUGUAUGUGCCAGUGUGUGUGCACAGAUGUGCUCUUCUGUCUGAAGCAAGAGUAAGAGGAGAGAUCUAAAUAAAGACCCGAGGUGGGUCUCACCCUUGCACUGAUGAAAGAAGGGUGAGAUAAUGUCACGUGGGUUGUCUAGUGGGGAGAAAGAUUCACUGGAGUCAAAGACCACCGUCUGUAGCAGGUACACAGCAUCUUGUGAAGCUCAUGGAGUAUGAGAAGACUUGAAGGCAGUUUGUAUGGGCUGUUAUACCAGGUAGACCAGGAAUCAAACUAAUAAUUCGAUUCCUUAGGAUUUUAGACAACAACUUGAUAGGCCCUGUCCUGAGCAACAAGCACCCAGGAAGUGAACAAAAAGAAAAUUUUCCUUUGAGAAUGAACAAAUACAUUGGAUUCAUUGCCUCAUGAACCUAAGACAGACAGAAAGAAAAGAGCCAUGGUGUGGAAAGUGAGGCAGGAUGAGGAGCAGAGCAGAAAUGAAUGAAAUUGAUUGAGCCACAAAGAGGAGCAUGGUGAGAGAGAGUGAGAAUGCAGUGUUGGCAGAGUAAAGUUAGUAGCAAGAAACCGCUGUGUACAAGAGCGGGGAUUGGGGGGAAAUGUGACAGAGAAGAAUGUAUUUUUUAGAGUGAAAGGGAUGAUGGUGGGGGGAUGUGAGAGUAUAUGCCAAGUGUUGCAAAAACAGUUGGUAACUGUGCUACCUCCUUUGAUUCUGCCCCUCCAUCUUCUGCAGCUUGUACUGACUACCUGGGAAAGGGCAAGGAAACACUCAGAGCCAAACCUCUUUUCAGCCCUACCCUAUCCUUCAAACCCUAGCUCUUGUGCCAGCUUUAGGUCCUGAUCACUGAUCCUAGAGGAAUGUAGAUUCCCCUCUCACCACGACUACCAACUGGUCACAUUUGUUGCUUGACCUGGACACUGAUCCUUUCCUUUGCAUAUUGAAUGUAAGUCACAGUACUUUUGUUUGUGCACAAGAAUAAACUUAUACCCCACA